UUGAACACGAUGUCUCCACACCGCAUCCUCCUGACCGGUGCAAACGGCUACAUCGCCACGCACAUCCUUUCCCAGCUUCUCGCCUCGCCGGACAACCACUUCAUCCGCGCAGUCGUGCGCUCCCAGUCCAAAGCUGAAGAUGUGCAAUCCAUCUUUCCCAAUGCAUCCCCUUCUCGGCUCGAAUUUGUGGUUGUGCCCGACAUGACGGCGCAUGGGGCCUUCGAUGAAGCGCUCAAGAGCGAGCUUCCUUUUGACAUCGUCAUGCACACUGCGAGUCCGUUCAAAUACGAUGCAGCAGGCAGUCCAUCCGAUUUCAUCGACCCAGCAGUCAAGGGGACGACCGAGAUCCUGGCUGGUAUCCAGCGCGUCGCAGGGUCCAGCGUGAAGCGCGUCAUCCUGACUGCGUCGUUCGCUGCAGUUGGCGCAUGGGGUUUGCGUGACGAGAAGAACAAGGUCUACACUGAAGAAGAUUGGUUCCCCGUCACAUCCGCUGAUGUCGAGGCCAGGGGAUCUGACAAAAACUUCGUAUACCUCGCAUCUAAAACCUUUGCCGAGCAAGCAGCAUGGGAGGCGCAGAAAGCCGAUAGCGUUACCUGGGAUCUCGUUGCUAUCAAUCCUGUCAUAGUGUACGGCCCGCUGCUGCACAAAGUUAAGAGCGUCGACAACGUCAAUGAAAGCAUGGCGAUCAUCUGGAACAAAUUUCUAAAGGAGGCGAAUCCUGAGGGUGAGAUCCCGCCGAAUGGGGUGCCUUUGUAUGUUGAUGUCAGGGAUGUCGCAGAAGCUCACGUCUUGGCCCUUGACAAUCCCGAGGCGGCUAACCAGCGCUUUAUUCUUGCAGCUGCUCUGGCGGAUAGUCAGAAGAUUGCUGAUAUCCUGCGCGCUGUUGUGCCGGGAGCUAACGAGAGGGUGCCGAGGGGAACGCCCGGGAAGAGUACGUUUCCUGCUGAUCAAUGGAGCGCGGACAACAGUAAGGUGCAGAGGGUGCUAGGGUUGAAGUUCCGGAGCGCGGAGGAGACAUUUGGAGAUUCCGGCAGGCAGCUAUUGGAGUUGAUUAAAGCGGUGUAGGGUUGUGGCAGAGCGCAAUAUCACCUGCAAGGUCUUUUGCCAUAAUCUGAUGCUGCAGUGAAGGAGCGAUGUCGGUUCGUGAACUGCGUGCGUUGUCAGGAUGUAUCAGGUACAACCGCAAUACAGUGAACAGGAUUCUACAGCUGUUAGUGUUCUGAGAAGCUCCAAGGAAGUAUUGGUCGAGCUGGAGGAUUCAACACAGCCAGGGCCUGCUGUUGUUCUCAAUUAUUUUGUCCGC